GAGACCGUGGGGGUCCCUGUCCCGCUCCGGCCAGUGGGAAAGGUGGGAAACCCGGGGGGGACAGCGCCUUGAGGGCCCGGGGCCCCCCCUGCCAGCCCCAGAGGGGGUCGUGUGGAGUGUCCCUUGUCACCCCCCCGCGCCCGCCCGCAGUGCCGCCCCCUCCCGCCCCGGCCCCGGCCCCGUCCCGCCCCCCCGGAGCCACCGCCCUGCGAUGUGGGUCCUGCUGCUGCCCCUGGGGCUGGGAGCGGCCCUGGCCGCCCGCGCCAGAACCGCGGCCACCCCCGCUGCCAACCGCCCUACGGGGACCGCGCCGCGCUGGUGUCACCCCCGGGACCCCCCGAAAACCCGAGACCCCCCGAAACCCCGCGGGGGCUGCUCCUGCGGGGGCUGCGGGACGGGGACGCCGGGACCUACAGCUGCCUCCUGCUGGGCGACGACGAUUGUGCCUGCGGGGAGGUGACACUGCGGCUCGGGGAGGUGACACUGCGGGGAGGUGUCCCCUGCAGCCCACCCUGCUCCAGGGCCGCCCCCCGCGGCAGCUUCGGCCUCCUCCUCCUCCUCCCCCUGCUGCUGCUGUGACCCGGGGGAUGCGUCUGCGUGUCACCGUGCACGCGUGUGGCACCAGGGGACUGACCCCCACCCUGGGGGAACUGUCAGUGUCCCCCGUGUCCCUUUCCUCUCUGUCCUCCGUGUCCCCAGCGCCCCUGUCGCCACCCCUGCUGGCCCUGUCCCUGGUGUCCUCAGCGUCCCUCAUGUCCCCAGUGCCCCUGACCCUGCUGACCCUGCUGUCCCUGCUGUCCCCAGUGUCCCUCUGCCUCCAGUAUCCCCGUGGUGAUGGCACCUGCUGUCACCAUGGAGGGACCCUGGCUGUGUCCCCUGCCCCCCCGCAGUGUCACCCCACUGGGGACAAGCUUUUGCCGUGUCAGCACCCGGGUGGUGACAGCACCCAGAGCCUUCCCCGCAUUGUGUCCCUGACAAUGGCAGUGCCACGUGCGCCCGGUGGCCACGGUCCCCCUGGGGCCCCUGUUCCCAACGCAGAGGGACACAGGGACAGACGGCCAUGGGACACCGGGCUGGUGGGUGCUGAAAGUGGGUGAGUGGCCGGGGGUCGGUGCCCCGGGCCGGGGGUCUGUCCUGGGGGGCCCCUGGUGUCCCCACCCUGUCACCACAUCCUUGAGGUCCCCCACAGUGUCCUCUGGAGAUGCUCCUGGAUGCUGCCAGACCCGGAUGCCCCAAUGUCCCCAGCAGUGCCCCCCUGGCUAUCCCCCUACCCUUGGACACGUCCCCAUAGUUGUCCCAUGCAUCCCCUGUAGAUGCCACCCCCGGGUAUCCCCCCUGCCCCUAGAGAUGUCCCCAUGGGUGUCCCCAACAUCCCCUGGAGAUGCCACCCCCGGGUACCCCCCCUGCCCCUAGAGAUGUCCCCAUGGGUGUCCCCGACAUCCCCUGGAGAUGCCACCCCCGGGUAUCCCCCUGCCCCUAGAGAUGUCCCCAUGGGUGUCCCCAACAUCCCCUGGAGAUGCCACCCCCGGGUACCCCCCCUGCCCCUAGAGAUGUCCCCAUGGGUGUCCCCAACAUCCCCUGGAGAUGCCACCCCCGGGUACCCCCCCUGCCCCUAGACAUGUCCCCAUGGGUGUCCCCAACAUCCCCUGGAGAUGCCACAACCGGGUACCCCCUAUCCCGGAGAUAACCCCACGGUUGUCCCCUGUGUCCCCACCGUCAUCCCCUGUGUCCCCUGGUGCUGUCCCCGCCACAGGGGAUGCCUGCGGGCGGGGGGCUGCUGUGCGGGGCCACCGGCCUGGCCCUGCUCCUGGCUGCCACUGUCACCCACGGGUGGCUGCAGCGCCGGGCUCCUGGGGACAUCACCAGCCUGGGGCUGUGGCGCCUUUGUCUUGGGGGACAGUGCCACCCCCACCCCGCCACCCCCGCCCUAUGGGAGGCCACGCGGGUGCUGAUGCUGCUCUCGGUGCUUGCCGCCACCGCCGGCCUCGCCCUGGGGGUGUCCGUGGCGGCCGGCACUGCCCGGCGAGUGCGGGCCCGCGUGGCCGGUGUCACCCUGCUCCUGGCUGGGCUGCUGGCACUGCUGGCCCUGGCCGUGUACACCGUGGGCACGCUGAGCCUGCUGGGCCCGGCCCGGCCCGCCUGGCGCUUCUCCUGGUCCUACAUCCUGGGCUGGGUCGCUGUCGUCCUCACCAGCUCCGCAGGGCUUUUCCACCUCUGUGCUGCCGCCAAGGACCCGUCUCCAGAGAGCUCGGAAGUGGCGGGUGCCUGAGGGGCCCCCCCGGGGGGGCAGGAUCCCGCCCCCACCCUCCUCCCUGCGAGAAUUGGGUGGGGGCACCCCGGGGUGCGUGUCACUGCUAUGCUGAGCUGUGCCCCCCCACUCUUCCUCACCCCCCCGCGUUCUACCCCCUUCUUCCCCCUCCCCGAAUCUUGCGGUGCCAAUAAACUGCCGUGACCCGCCCCGCGUGGUGUGCCCGUGG